AUGGCCUCUGAUGCUCCAACCGGCGGCUCUCUGGCCGACCGCAUCUCGAACCCGGCAGAGACCACAGAACCUGUCACGGACAAUGGCCAGACCGACGGUGCUACACCUCACCAGCGUGGCUCAGACCUUGCGGAGCCGGAGUACAACGUCGAGGUUAAGCUCAGCGAUCUUCAAGCCGACCCCAACAACCCCCUCUACUCAGUGAAGAAAUUCGAGGACCUUGGACUAGACCCGCGCAUCCUUCAGGGAUUGUCCGCUAUGAACUUCCGCAAGCCCUCCAAGAUCCAAGAACGUGCUCUACCUCUACUGAUGGGCAACCCUCCUAAGAACUUAAUCGGUCAAUCCCAGUCCGGAACUGGAAAAACUGCUGCUUUCGUCCUGAACAUCCUCAGCCGUUUGGACUUGACUACCGAGCAAGCCCAGAACACGCCCCAGGCGUUGAUUCUGGCGCCAACGCGAGAAUUGGCCCGUCAGAUCGUCGGUGUUGUUCAAGUUAUGGGACAGUUCCUGGACGGGCUCAAGAUUGGUACCGCUAUUCCGGCUGAACUUAACGCGCGACCGACUCGUCUGGAGGCCUCGGUUGUCGUGGGUACACCUGGAACUGUCAUGGAGAUGAUCAGGAAGCGCAUUUUGGUGGCCUUAAGACUCAAGGUCAUUGUCUUGGAUGAGGCAGAUAACAUGCUCGACCAGCAAGGAUUGGGUGACCAGUGUAUGCGAGUAAAAGGCUUUUUACCCAAAGACAUCCAAGUCGUUCUUUUCUCGGCCACUUUCCCUGCCCACGUGCACCAAUAUGCUUCAAAAUUUGCGCCUUCGGCCAACGAACUCACCCUGCAGCAUGAGGAAUUGACCGUGGAAGGCAUCAAGCAAAUGUACCUCGACUGCUCUAGCGAUGAAGAUAAGUAUAGGACGCUUGUGCAACUCUAUGGGUUGCUUACCGUCGGAUCCUCUAUUAUUUUCGUUAGGACACGUCAAUCUGCCGCUGAGAUCGAGAGCCGAAUGGUCGCUGAGGGCCACACUGUUGCCUCUUUGACCGGUGGUAUCCAGGGCUCCCAGCGUGACGAGAUUAUUGACCAGUUCCGUGCCGGUCACGCCAAGGUCCUCAUCACAACCAACGUCCUCGCUCGUGGUAUUGAUGUCUCCACAGUGUCCAUGGUCAUCAACUACGACGUCCCCGAGAUUCACCAGGAAGGCCCCAACCGCGGCCCCCGCCAGGCCGACUUUCAGACUUAUCUCCACCGUAUCGGUCGUACCGGACGAUUCGGCCGCGUCGGUGUCUCGAUCUCCUUCGUCGCAAACCGAGAGGAGUGGGAAUUGCUUAACCAGAUCCAGAGAUACUUCAACACGGAUAUCCAGCGUAUCGACACGAAGGACUGGGACGAGGUCGAGGACAUCAUCAAAAAGACGAUCAAGAACUCCCGCGCUCAGGCUGGUUUCCGAUGA